AUGGUAUUCGGCAUUUUCCUGAUGACAGCGAUGGUCCCAACCAUCAUUGGAGUCAAUGAGGCUUCCAAGGGCACCCGGGACCAUGAAGAGCGCAGGCGAGAGAGUGCACGGCAACAGCGCUGCCGUCUUUUGGUACAAUGCAUGCCUUUGGAUGGAUUACCGCAGCAGAGAUCGGCAAUUCAUAAUGCGAAAAUCUACAUCACCAAAUCUGCCAGUCCACAGCUUGUUCCUCUAAAUGGUAGCUUCUACCAACACCCUGACUUUUCCCCUGGUAACACAUCGGGGUUUGUCACCAUCACAGGCGAAACGCCUCCAACUCUCCGCUGGGUUUAUCUUGAUCCGCAGACUCAUGAGCUGCGAUGGGGAGGGAAACAGGAUAGUGAAGGAAACAUCUGUGGCCCUUUCGAUUGGACACAAGAUGAAGAGCGGAUCACACUACAGGGUUGGGAAGGUUGGAUGGCCGUGCGGCUUCCGGGCGACGAGAAGGUAGCUGAAGAACUGGGCGUGGAGAAUGUCCAGGGCCUUUGGAGGCUAUUCUUCGACCAGAAUGACGAUGGGGCCGACUUGCCUGAAGGCGCGGAAGUACUAGAAGUCACAAUCAAGCGAACCGUGGCAGAAUCCUGA